AUGUGGGAAGGACACCGGGAUGGAGUGACCAGGCCUGGCCAGGCCCAGAGUCUGGUGGUGGGACCAGGCCAAGUUACCAUGGAGAUCACUCCUGAAAGCCAGUGUGUCAACACAACAGCUUCCCUGUCGGUGUUCCAGGGAACUCCCCUGCGCCUUAUGUCCCACCAGUGGGUCUACAAUGAUGAAUACAACAAGGACCCCAACCCUGAGAAGAUGUACCUGGGCUCGCGGGAGUACUUUGCUGAGGACGGAGAGGUGUGGACGCUGCCCGUGGUCAGGAAGGUUCACAGGCAGAUCCUCAAUGACCCGACACUGUGCCACGAUGACAUAUCAGUGCUGGGGCAGUCGGAGUUUAACAGGGUGUCUACAGCCCUCAUCCUGGGCAAUGAGAGCAUUGCUAUCGUGGAGAAGAGGGCUGACAGUAUUCAGGUCCCUGGAGGAAACGGAGCUCUGUUCUUGGUCGCGCAGUUUCUCAAGCGAUGGUUCACCAUUACUGACCCCUUGUCUCCCGCUGUCUACGUCUCGGAGCCCUGCUGGGAGACACACGUGUUCACCUUCCAAGGAGCUGGCUUCACUGAUAUCCGCCGUUAUCAUUACUGGGAUCACGAGAAGCUGUGCCUGGCCAUCCCACAGUGGCUGGACGACAUGGAGAACGCUCCGGAAUAUUCCAUCAUCGUGCUGCAAGUGGCAGCUCAUUGGCCGACAGCCAUGGAUCCAACUCCCGCCGAGUGGAGGCAGAUCGCGGAGGUCAUGAAGAGAAAGAGGCUGUUCCCUUUUUUCUUUGUAACGGCCCAAGGCCUCGCGACUGGAGACCUUAACAAGGAUGCAUUUCCUGUCAGGCACUUUGUGACCGAACGCUUUGAGCUCCUCUGUGCCCAGUCCUACUCCAAGAACUUCGGGCUGUGCGAUGAACGAGUGGGAAGCCUGACGAUCGUAUCCCGGGAUAAUCCGAGCCUGAUUAGGAUCCGGUCGCAGUUGAUGUUAGCGGCCAGGUGUACUUGGUCAGCUCCCCCCCAUCUGGGCGCUCGCAUUGUGGCGACCAUCCUCAAUAACCCUGCCUUCUUUGCUGAGUGGCAGGCCAAUCUCAGGAGCAUGGCGGAGCGGUUGAUGUUGACGAGGGAGAAGUUGGCAGAGGAGUUGCGUACUCUGGGGACCCUCAGGCCGCUGAACCACAUCAGACGACAGAUUGGACUCUACAUGUUCGCUGACUUCAAAGAUUCCGAGAUCAUGUACUUGAAGAAGAGGAGACAUAUUUACCUGACAUCCAUUGGCCAGAUCAAUAUGAGCCUGAUGAACAAUCAGAACCUCUCCUACAUCGCCCGGUGCAUCAGUGAGGCUGUUCAGUCAGGUCUCGAAACCGCAGAGACAGCGCAGCCAGCAGAGCUGUAA